UUUUCCUAUGUCUCUCAACUCCCAUUCCUCCACCAACCUUUUUGACCAAUAUUGUUUAUUCCACCACUUUGAAUUUUGCUUUCACACAACCACCACCACCACCUUAACUCAUUAUUGGUUUCACAUUUCUUAAUAUAUAAAAAUAAAAACAUCCAACUCCAUAUAUCCAUUUUUCUUGAUCUUAAUUAGGUUUAAUGGAUUCAUCAAAUUUAUUAGUUUCACAAGAACUUAUAAUUAAUGAUGAUGAUGAACCUCAAGUAGAAGAAGAUCAAUUAAUUUAUUCUUCUUCAAUAUCAUCUAUGGCUGAGACAAGUACAAGCCUUGUUUCAAGAAGUACAACUGGUUAUUUUGUUAUGGGGAAGCAUCGUAUGGCUGCUGCUAUUUCUUCUCUUGAUCAACAAAUCCAAUUUAUUCAGGAAGAAUUGGACAAACUUGAAUCAUAUGGAGAGGCCUCCAUAGUUUGCAAAGAAUUUCUUUCAAUGGUAGAAUCCAAACCAGAUGCUCUGCUUCCAGUCACCAAAGGCCCAGCAGAUGUUAAAUGGGAUAGAUGGUUUCAAGGAGCCAAUGGAUCGAGACGUAACAAACGUUGGAUCUGAAUUCCUACUUUUCUCACCAAAUUACUUUAAAAAUUUAGUAAUUUGGGAUAGAUUAUCCUUCUCAUAUAAAUGAAAGAGAUACUUUUUUGUUGAUUCAAAUUAAAGGGUGAUGUAAAAUCGAUCUAUAUUUCAGUAAUAAUAUGAAUUCGUGUAAGUAGAAAACAACAAAUAUAUAUUCUAAUUCUAUCAGAAACUAUGGGUCGUGUUUAUUAGUGUCUGACCAUGAUAUGUGUAACUCAAGGUUU